GGAAUUGGGCAUUUUUUUGCAGAUGUUUGCAGAUUUGCCCGUCUACCCCGCCUCCUUGCCCAGCACGUCAAACGAUGCGGCGGGCGCCGCGGUAUAAAUGCAGCUGACCUGCGAGGCAGCAGUUGCGUCUCUCCGUCCUUCGCUGUCGGUCACACUCACUCGCUCUCUUGCAACCGGCUGUCGGAAGAACCGGGGGAGGACACCGUCACGACACGAUGAGUUAUUCCACCGAUAUCUACUCCACCAGCUCCUAUCGGAAGAUAUUCGGGGACGCUCCUCGAGUUUCAGCGCGGGUCUCCGUCAGCAGCAGCCCCUCCCGAGCCUCCGUUUACCGGACCGGCCCGGCCCUGCAUUCCCGCAACUAUGUCUCGUCCUCGGGGGUCUCCUCGUCUGCCUACCGCAAGAUCGGGACAGGGCGAGCCACGUACUCCGCCCUGCCGGAGAGCUUCGAGCUCUCCCAGUCCACGGCGGUGACCAACGAGCUCAAGAUCAUCAGGACCAACGAGAAGGAGCAGCUGCAGGGGCUGAACGACCGCUUCGUGACUUUCAUUGAGAGGGUCCACCAGCUGGAGCAGCAGAACAAGGUCCUGGAGGCCGAGGUCACCCUCCUGCGCCAGCGGCAGUCCGAGCCCUCCCGCCUCCACGAGCUCUACGAGCAGGAGAUCCGGGAGCUGCGGGCCCGCGUGGAGGAGCUGACCCACGAGAAGAGCCAGAUGCACCUGGACUGCGUGCAGAUGAGCGAGGGGCUGGAGCGCGUCAAGGACAGGCUGGGCGAGGAGACGCGGCUGCGGGAGGAGGCGGAGGGCACGCUGAAGGGAUACCGCAAGGACGUGGACGACGCCACGCUCGCCCGCCUGGAGCUGGAGAAGAAGGUCGAGUCGCUGCUGGACGAGAUCGCCUUCCUCAGGAAAGUGCACGAGGAGGAGGUGCAGGAGUUGCAGACUUCCAUGCAGGCGUCCCAGGUGUCGGUGGAGAUGGAUAUGAGCAAGCCCGACCUGGCGCUGGCUCUGCGCGACAUUCGGGCGCAGUACGAGAGCCUGUCGGCCAAGAACCAGCAGCUGGCAGAGGACUGGUACAAGUCCAAGUUUGCCAGCGUGACGGAGGCCGCCGCCCGCAACUCGGACGCCGUCAAGCAGACGAAGGAGGAGCUGGGCGAGUACCGGAGGCAGAUGCAGGCGCGGACGCUGGAGAUCGAGGCCCUGCGCAGCCACAACGAGGCACUGGAGAGGCAGCUGCAGGAGCUGGAGGACCGCCAUGCCGCGGAGACCAGCGAGCUGCAGGAUGCGAUCCAGCAGCUGGAGAACGCGCUGCGGAACACGAAGGGGGAGAUGUCUCGCCACCUGCGGGAGUACCAGGACCUGCUGAAUGUCAAGAUGGCUCUGGACAUCGAGAUCGCCGCCUACAGGAAGCUGCUGGAAGGCGAGGAGACCCGUCUGAGCUCGGUAGGGGGUGCACUCCUGCAGUCGGGCUACCCCGGACUUGUGUCGUCCUCCCUCUACUCUGCAGCCAGGUCCUACACCAUGAGCAGCAGCACCUUGUACAGGAGGAUGGGGGCCAAGCUGGAGGAGCCCGAAGAAGAGGAGAAAGAGGAGGGAGAGGAGGAGGAAGAAGAGGAGGUGGAGAAUGGAGAGAAAGAGGAGGAGGAAGGAGAAGAGGAAGGAGAGGAGGAGGAGGGGGAGGAAGAGAAGGAGGAGAAGAAAGAGCCGUCUGCCGCACCAACCAGCAAGAGCUAAAAAACUCCCAGCCUCCUCCGGUGAAACAUGCUGAUUCCUGUCCCCCCAUGUCCAGACACCUCUCCAUCACACCCUCGUCGAUGCCACUGCACCACAGCCCCGCAACAGCACGAGCGUUAAGUAAAAAUACACUCAGAUCGUAAAAUAGAAAUGACUUUCCCAACACGCUCUUUGAAGACGUAUAAGCUGCAGAUACAGAGAAGGAUAAAAGUAAAGGCACUUUAGACAUUUCUGCUUAAAAGAUUGAAAAAAUCACAGUUCAGCAUUUAUGACCAAACUGUACUCUAGUGGUAUAGUUCAUGACACAAGUGCAUUCUCCAUUUACAAAAAGAAUUCCUGCUAUACUUCAAAGGAAUUUUAAAGUAGGAUACAGUAUUUUUAAAUAAAAUCAAGUGUUGCUGGACUGUACUGUUUAACAGGAAAACGAGCCAGACCUCGCCCCUGUAUAUCUAAAAUGUUAAAUGACACUUUUCAACACUGAAUGCUGUUUCAUGUAUAGGAAAGGACAGCAGAAAAUCACAGCAAGCCCAUCAGGUGUGAUGGCAGCUCUUGCGAAGCCUGACUGCUCACAGUGUUUCUCCAAACUGCCACAGCACAUCGCACUAAAAGCACAGUGAAGCAUGACGAAGAUGCACGCUGCUCGCUCGUUAAGCCUCAUUGCAGAGCCUGGUGUUAAAUUUACAAGCACAGUGAGCACGUGCAAAAUUAGACAGGAAUAUUCAGUGGCGAUCGGCAUGCAUUUUUACCACUGACCUGAGAUCUUCAUUUGGAUAUUGAUGUGAAGCAUCUACAAGCACAUCAUAGUGAAGUACUUAGGACUUUCUUAUCCAUAGAAUACACUGUAUUAUUACUAAGGUCAGUUAAUCCAAGGUGCUAUUCAAUCACACAAUCAGUAUGUCUAAUUGCAGUUUUUCAAAGCAGGUACCAAUUCAGUUUUAUAGCAUUUAACACCUAGACAUGGUAAACACCAUUUGAAUGUGCUUCGAAUAGUCAGGAUUCAGCAGGGCAGCCACUGUGGAAUGAGCAAGUACAAAAACAAGAAAUGAGGUCCCAAAAAUAAUAUAGGAAGAAAUAUUGCACUGUGAAACUCCAAAAACUAAGUCUUAUAUUUGCACUGUUUCAAGAUGCUGAACAGAUACUGUAGAUCAAAAAGCUGAGGGUAAAGUACUAGAAGAAAGAAGUGAGCAGUGAUCAGACAUGCACAGAUGUGAGAGCAGAUCUCAUCAAAGGUAAUGGAAAGAACUCCAAUAGAGUUUAAUGACAAUCUUUCUCUGGAGUAAAAGGCUAUAGUCAUAUACACAUAGCAUAUGCAUAUAUUAACGGCAGGCACUUACAUUUAACACCGGUGCCCCUCCAAUCUGAUAUCGAUGCACCUGUACAGUAAAUACACUGUGUUCUAUCCCCUCCACUCUCACACUGCAGUCAUGCAACAAUACAUCUAACAAUUAUUGUCUUUAAAUGCUACUGAAACAGCAUACUGUAGCAGCAGCUCCUUCACAAGGCCUCGAGGGUCAUUUUGAUCUCUCUGUUCAGGAAAAGCUGAUGCCAAGGAAUAUGGAGACCUGCCAUUUUUUUUUUACUACUGUAAUUUAACUCCUGAGUGCCUAGUGUCUCAUUUACUGGGCACAGUGAACAUGGUUUUGCGUUCAUUGAAAUAGUAACAAAAAAAAGCUAGAGUCCCUGUCACGACCACACAUUCCUGCAAAUGCCGAAGCAUUCUCACGACCCCAGACAACCAGACACCAGCUCUUUCCAAUUCCCACAAACCCCGACGUAUUAACUAAUCAUCCAAUCGCGCCUCUCCCUCUUCACCGCACCUUCUGCUACCCAGAAUACUUAAGGGUUCACUACCAUCACCACAACGCUCAGUAGUGGUUUCACCAGUGGAGCGCCUGCCUCUCGCUUUUUGAGCAACUCAUUAAACGUCUGAUCCUCCGGCUUCCUGACCUGUGACUGAACAUAGACUACGAUUCUUGAUCCCUCGAUUUGGCUAAGUACACCUGGCUUUUUGUCUGUACCUCUUUUUUCUCCCUCUCUCUCACUCAACGCGUGAGAUCACUAGCUUUCUUGCUUAGGGUAAAUCAAAUCUCAUUUUUGGCUUCAGUGCCGUUACAGUCUCCAGAGAAUUGUAUCUGUUCACUUCUCUUUACCUUAAACUCUACCUGAUUCUCACUCCUUCAGCACAGCACUGAAUGUAAUAAUGCGAGUUGGCUGUAUGUAUCCAAAGGGGUAGCUGGCUAUUUCCAUUGUUUUCAGCCCUUUGCUUUCAUUCUUAUGUCUCUAGGUGAGUUAGUGUUUGAUGGUUAAUAUCACCUGAGAAACGUUAGUGACCAACUCAGUAAGGGAAACAUUAGUUAACGUAGCUGUGACGAGUACUGAACUUGAAAACGUCAUUAUCGGCACAAACACACAAGCAUGCUAAGAGAGAUGUAGUCAGCAUCUUGAGCAUGAAAGUGUUAAGUCUGACAAAUUCCUUUUUUUGUUUCUUUUAUUGCGAGGGCAAAAGACGAGAUUUGAUUGCCGUUUCCAUCUGCGGUAGCUGAAGGCCCCUUGAUGCUUGGAAAUGUGUUUGUGAAGACGGUUGAGGUGCUCUAGACUUGUAGAGCCAGUGACACAGUAGUAUGAGUGCAAGCUCAGCAAGUGCUUCAAGUGAACCAUAGCCUUACAGGGCCCUACCACAUUAAAAUGAGCAGCUGUGACACAAAGGUAACACUCAAAGGAGCCCUCCUAACAAAAACAAAGACAAAACACCAGAUAGUCUGGCCCUGUGCACAUGCAGGGCCUGUUAUAUGGUCAGCUGUCACAGGCAAGUAUGUUUGUAUUCCAAAGGCUCAGAUGUAUUGUGACAAUACAGGAUGCUUCUGCCGAUUAUGGCGGUGGUUAUUUUAACAUGCCUAAUGGAGCUGUAUGGUAAAUGAUGAGAAAGAUAUUUUUUACUUUAUUCUGGUCUGGUACCCCACACUUUUUCCUUCAAGGGUUUUUAACUCCAGUCCUCAGUGUCCAUAAUCCAAUAGGUGAACCUGAUCUUUUAAGUCCCAAAAUGGCACAGUUCGGCAUUUGAGAACUGAGGGAGACCUGACAUUAAAGAUACAUUGCUGAUUACACAUAUGAGACUUUAAAUCAAGGCUGGGCAAUCCUCACCUAAGAAAGCCACAAGUCAGAGUUUUUGGGUCAUCAAAUCAUUGCUUUCUGCAUCCUUGGACCAAUUUCAUUGUUGACCCCUGAAGCAGGUGAUUUGUUCAAUUAAGUUUAGGAAUCAUUGGACAUGAAAAUAUCUACAGUACAUCUUGAAGCACCACAGUUGACCAUCAUUGAAUUAACUGAGCCAGAUCUCAACCUGGUGACAACAGGUGUUCCAAGUCUUAACCAAGUGGUGAUUCUAAGGUUGAGCACCUUGGUCUUUAGAUAGUUGCAUUGUAUGAGGAUGUUGAAAUGAAGAGGUCAGUUUUACUGCCCAAAUACUGUUACUUUUAAAUGUGUAGUGUCUUCCUUAAGCAGUCAGACCCAUAACCGAGCAAACACAGCAUUUGAUCUUGGUAUAUUAGAUUGUACUGAUACUCUGAACCUUGUUCGUAAUUGGUAUUGUUGAGCACAUGCCAUGUAUUUUGGUGGCAUCCUGAAAAAAAAAUUGAGCUAUUGCCAUGCAUGACAGAUGUUGUUGAAAAUUGAAAUACAUACGUAUCAUUACAGACACUGGUAUUGGCACCUUGAGUCUGAAACAAAGGUAGCUUUUGUGGUAAUGGUUGUUCAUUAAGCAACCACUUAUUUCAGUUGCUCAGUGCUUGUUUGUUAAGGUGUUCAAUCAGAUGUAAGAUACAGGGUACUGCUGUUUAUGAUUGCUAAUGCGUAGGUUUCCUUAAAAUUGACAUGAUGCCAUUUUAAUUUUUUCAAGCCUUCAGGGCCUGCAGUGAUGAAGACGUUCAAUGAGAAGUUGUUUUCUUCUCUGGCAGGUCGUGGAAGUGAAGGGGCUAAGGCAUUUGUAGACAGAUCCCUGUCAGCUGCACAAAGGCUGUCUCGGUCUCAGCAUCUGUUGGUGACACGGAAAGCACUUUGCAUUUACUGCAGACACCUGCCUUAAAUUAUGUUACAUAAUAAAUAUGAACAAAAGAAGAAACAUUUUCUUUUAGAAGUUUUUUUUCACCCUCUUAGCCUUUUCAUUCUCCCAAACUGUCUUUUCUCCAACAUUUAGAGAAAAUUGUCCUGGUGAUAGAAGGUUUUGUCAUCAUUUGUGCAUUAUACUACAGAAAUCAAUACACUUGAUUUAAUACAAGGCUUUGUAUAAAUUCUUACGUGAUCAGUGCAGUUCAGGAUAGUGUAGAACUAGGGAAAGAUGAUAGAAAUAUGAUUGUUUCAAUGAAUGCUUGAAAAGGUAAAUAUUAGAGUUUCAUGGGUUUUGUUACAGUAAAUGGUACUGGAGGAAAAUUACAAUGUUAGAGAGGAGGGGGAAUUGAUAUCUGAAGAAGACGGGGCAGCUUUUCGUAUUUAAAGAGAAAAUGGUUUACAUCCAUAUAGUUCAACCAAUCAGUCAAUAAAUCAUGUUGCAUGGCCUCACACCUUGAGCUUGAUAUAGAUGGAUAAGACUGGUUUGCUUGUUGACUGUCAAAUUAAUGAAUUGCCUUAAAUAAAAUAUCACUUACUGUGUAUCCAGAAGCACUGGAAUAGAAUUGUACAAACUUCACUUGCUCAACAACUGUGACAAUGUAUGUGCUGCAAAACCGCUGCAUUGACUUCUCACACACUGCAGUGGCACAUUCUUCCCAAUGCCAAAUAAAACCAUUUAACAACCCAA